AUGUCCCGGUUUGUCGGUCACAGAGAAGCUUUUUUUGUGCUCUUACUGGUCUUGGCGACUUGUGUGACCUCUCAAACCACCGCAGCCUUUGCAAACCGCACUGAAGAUGGCUUUCAGAAUGCGAGUGUGUGGUUGGAGGAUGGGAUCGUGCCAGCAGCGCGCACCAAAGUCAGCCAGAUAAUUGCCCGUGAGGGGACCUGUGUGCUGAUUGAUUGUAAUGUCACCGGAGAGCCCUUCCCGAGUGUGCGCUGGUUCAAUUCCCACGGAGAGAAGCUGGACACCGACAACGGUGGAAAGUGGUGGCUGCUGGAGGACGGCGUCUUGAACAUCACAGACAUAGAGUUCUCGGACCGCGGAAAGUACACGUGCGUGGUCUCCAACGUCCACGGCAGCUCCAACUGCACGGUGACCCUGCGCGUGGUCUUCAUCAACGGGGACAUGGGCGUGUACUACAUGGUGGUCUGCCUGGUCACCUUCACCAUCAUCAUGAUCCUCAACAUCACACGGCUCUGCAUGAUGAGCAGCCACCUCAAGAAAACCGAACAAGCCAUCAACGAGUUCUUCCGCACCGAGGGAGCUGAGAAGCUGCAGAAGGCCUUCGAAAUCGCCAAACGCAUCCCAAUAAUCACCUCAGCCAAGACUCUGGAGCUGGCGAAGGUGACGCAGUUCAAGACCAUGGAGUUUGCGCGCUACAUCGAGGAGUUGGCGCGCAGCAUCCCGCUGCCUCCGCUCAUCAUGAACUGCCGCACGCUGAUGGAGGAGCUGCUGGAGGUGGUGGGGGUGGAGGAAAUGCGGCACGCGGCCGGGCGCAUCGCCAUGGGGCCACGGGACGUCUUCGGCAUCCUGCAGGAGCGGCACGAGCCCGAGGCGCCGCCUCAAGAGCGCAGCCAGUCUCCAGCCGCCGACUCGGACAACUCCUCCAUGCACGACCAGCCGCAGCACAUGGCCAUACAGGUGUCGGUGCACCCCCCGCUGGUUACUGGGGAGUACUGUGGUAACGAGCAAGAGCAAGCCCCGCCCACUACGCCUGAUGUAGCUCCGCCUCUCUCUCCUCCGCUGCCAGAAGAGACGCCUGCAGAAGAAGCACCGCCGUCGCCUCCGCCUCCGCCGCCUCUGCCUCCAGUUCAGGUGUUCUACGAGAGCCAUGUCUAA